AUGAAGAGUCUCCUUCUGGCCUCCAUCCUCGCGGCGGUGUCCUUCGCCGCCGACGAGCCCGAGUACGAAACCUAUGACUACAUCGUCGUAGGCAGCGGUCCAGGCGGCGGCCCCCUAGCUGCCAACCUCGCCCGCGCGGGCUAUUCGACCCUCCUCGUUGAGGCGGGCGACGACCACGGCGACCAAUCCGUGUACCGCGAGCUAUCCAACUUCAACGUCGCCGGCAACGACGAGCGCACGCGAUGGGACUUCUUCGUCAAGCACUCGGACGACGCCGAAAGGGAGCUCAAGUACGAGCGCCUGACGUGGAGGACCGCCGACGGCGGGUUCUACGUCGGGUUGGACCCGCCGGAGGGGGCGGAGCAGCUGGGUAUUUAUUAUCCUAGGGCUGCUACGCUGGGUGGGUGCGCGAUGCAUAAUGCGGGUGUUUGCUCGUUGCCGUCGGCGGAUGAGUGGAAUUGGAUUGCGAAUAUUACGGGGGAUGAUACGUGGGUGGCGGAGAAUAUGAGGAAGUAUUUGGUUCAGACGGAGAAGAACUUGUACAUGCCUGCGGGUUCCGAGGGCCACGGCUUCAAUGGAUGGAUGUCCAUCUCCACCAGCGACUCCUCGUGGGCAACCGAGGGCGACUGGCCCGCCAACAAGAUCCUCACCAAGCUCGCCGAGCUCACCGACCAGGAUCCCGAAAAAGUCGGCGAGCUCGUCAACAAGGACAUCCUCGCCGGCGGCGAAGACCACCUCUCGAGCUUCUACAACAUGGCCCAGCACGGUGACAGCCGGGGCCGUCGUUCGAGCCCCAACGACUACAUCAAAGCCACCCUCGCCGAUGAGGUCAAGUACCCCCUCAAGCUAGCCCUCAACACGCUUGUCACCAAGGUCCUCUUCGACGAGGAAGCCGAGACCCCGACCGCCAUUGGCGUCGAGGCUCUCCAGGGCCAAUCGGUCUACAGGGCUGACCCCCGCCAUGACCCCGAGGGCAACAAGACGCUUACGCGCUUCUACGCGAAGAGGGAGGUCAUCGUCUCCGGAGGUGCUUUCAACAGCCCCCAGAUUCUCAAGCUCAGCGGUAUCGGACCCAAGGACGAGCUCGAAAAGUUCGAGAUCCCCGUCGUUGUGGACCUCCCUGGCGUCGGUGAGAAUCUCGGCGAUAACUACGAGGGAAGCGUCCUCGCCAUCGGAAAGGGUCCCACUGGUGGGUCGCGCAUCACGGUACUCUUCCGCACACCCUCGGCUCCCACCGAGAACAGGAACAUCUUUGCCUGGUGCGGCGCUUUCGCUUUCGAGGGCUUCUGGCCCGGCUUCCCCGAGGACUAUGGCGCGGACGAGUACACCUGUGCCAUGGUCCACAUGAACCCCAAGUCCCAGGCCGGUAGCGUCCGUCUCGCCAGUUCUGAUCCCCAGGAUAGCCCCGACAUCAACUUCCGCUUCUUCGAGCACGAGGGCGACAAGGAUCUUAAAGAGCUCGUCGAGGCCGCGAACUUGCUCCGAGAGUCGUGGCAGGUCGCCGGCGACACGGUCCUCCCUUACGACGAGCUGCACCCUUGUCCCGGGACCGGUGCUGGAAACUGUACCGUCGAAGAGCAGGCCGAAAGCUUCAAGCUCCAGGCCUACUCGCACCACGCUACGUCGACGUGCGCCAUCGGUGCCGACGAUGAUGAGAAUGCUGUUUUGGACUCCAAGUUUAGGGUGAGGGGCGUGAAGAAUUUGAGGGUCGUUGACGCUAGCUCGUUCCCGCGCGUGCCUGGUGCCUUCCCGGUUCUCCCUACCGCUAUGCUUUCCGCUAAGGCGACGGAGGAGAUUUUGGCAGAUGCUAAGGCCGCGGUGGAGAAGGAGAAGGAGGCUGAGAAGCCUGCGCCGAAGAAGUGCAAGAAAUAG